AUGUCUCAUUUGUAAUAAUACAUAGUAUCAUAUAACACGUAACAUGAUCUGUAGAAAUAUUAUAAGAUCAAAAUUUUUAGCAAGUAUUCAAGUGCGGUGUUACAGUGAUGUAGGUUCAUCUAAAAAGACACCUCUAUAUAAUUUACAUGAAAAAUAUGGUGGAAAGUUAGUCGAUUUUGCUGGAUUUCUACUUCCCGUACAAUAUUCUGACAUGACGGUGUCUGCAUCUCACCUGUUUACGAGAAAUAGUGGAUCUAUUUUCGAUGUAUCUCACAUGUUACAAACAAGUGUUUCCGGUAAGGAUUGCAUCCCUUGGUUCGAAUCAAUAUGCCCAGUUGAUUUACAAGGAAUGAGUGAUGGAUCGAGUUCGCUAACUGUAUUUCUAAAUCAAAAAGGUGGUAUAAUUGAUGACCUUAUUGUAACAAGAGUAAGUGAAAAACAACUCUACAUUGUCUCAAAUGCGGGAAGACUAGACGUCGAUAAAAACCAUAUGAUAGAAACAUCCGAAAUGUAUCGCAAGAAGAAUAAAGAUAUCUCCAUUGACUUCUUCGAUGUAACUCAAAGGGGACUGAUUGCUGUUCAAGGACCAAAGGCAGUACAAAAUAUACAACGUUUAACAGAUACUCCUUUAGAAAACUUGUACUUCAUGACCAGUCGUUUAGGUUCUGUAGCAGGAGUAGAUUGUCGUAUAACCCGAUGUGGUUAUACAGGCGAAGAUGGUGUUGAAAUAUCGAUUCCCGCUGAAAAAACUGAAAUUGUGACAGAAGCAUUAUUACAAUCCGACGACAUCAAACUUGCCGGUUUAGGAGCCAGAGAUUCGUUACGUUUAGAAGCAGGCUUAUGUUUGUAUGGUAAUGACAUUGACGAAGGAGUGACACCCGUCGAAGCUAAUUUAACUUGGCUGAUUGCAAAGAGACGACGAGGAGAAGCAAACUUUCCUGGAGCGGAAAUAAUUUUACGGCAGAUUAAAGAGGGGGUUACUAAAAGAAGAGUCGGGGUAAGGAUGGAAACAGGUGCCCCGGCAAGAAAAGGCGCGCUCCUAAAAAGUUUGAACGGUGAAGUUAUAGGUAAUGUUACUAGUGGUUGCCCAAGCCCUUCUUUGGGGGGUAACGUGGCAAUGGGUUACAUUCUUGAACAAUUUAAAAAAGUCAGCACUGAAAUAAACGUUAACAUACGAAACAAGGACUCUCCAUGUAAAGUGGCCAAGAUGCCUUUUGUACCCUCAAAAUAUUAUGUUAAGAAAUAAAAAUAUAUAUAAUUUAAAA